GUAGUAAGAGGGGUUUUUGGUUUAACGGUUUCCCUCCCUUAGUCCCUUCGCCCUCCCGAAUUAUAACCUGACAUUCCUUUUGCUCUGCAGCCGACGAACACACACCAAUUAUCAUGGGAUACGAUGAACAGAAUGAGAACCCCAAAGUUGACAAGCAAUUUCUCUCGUCCCCAGUUAAAAAUUUAGUCGACAAGUUUCAGCUUCUUCCCGAAUUCUUGAAGGUGAGAGGAUUGGUGAAGCAACAUUUGGACUCGUAUAAUUACCUCAUUAAGACAGAUAUAAAAAAGAUUGUCAGGGCAAAUAAUGAGAUCAGAUCAGCAAUUGACCCUAGCAUUUUUCUCCGGUACACAGAUGUUUGGAUUGGCGAACCAUCAAUGAUAAUUGAUGGCGCGACAGAGAAGUUGACUCCACAUCAAUGCCGGCAAUCAGACACCACCUAUGCUGCUCCAAUAUAUGUCAACAUUGAGUAUGUAAUUGGGAGUCAUGGGCAAAUAACCCCUGCAAACAAGAAAAAAGUUAUCAUUGGAAGGAUGCCUAUCAUGCUAAGGAGUUCAUGUUGCAUCCUGACUGGAAAAGAUGAAGAUGAAUUGGCAAGACUUGGUGAAUGCCCACUUGAUCCUGGAGGAUAUUUUGUUGUCAAAGGCACAGAAAAGGUUAUUUUAAUCCAAGAGCAGCUUUCCAAGAACAGAAUAAUUAUUGAUACUGAUAAGAAGGGUUGGGUACAAGCAUCUGUUACAAGCAGUACAGAGAAAACAAAAAGCAAAACUGUGGUAAAAAUGGAGAAAGAAAAGGUUUAUCUUGAAUUGAAUCAAUUCAAAACCAAGGUUCCAAUAAUGGUUGUUAUGAAGGCCAUGGGAAUGGAGAGUGAUCAAGAGGUUGUGCAGAUGGUUGGAAGAGAUCCUCGGUAUAGUGCUCUGCUUUUGCCUUCCAUUGAGGAAUGUGCAGACCUUAAGGUGUAUACUCAACAUCAGGCCCUGGAGUUCCUUGAUAGUGAUAAGAUUCUUAAAGCAUUACCAUAUUCGACUGGAUCUGGUGAUAAGCGAGGGCGUGCAUUGAGUAUUCUUCGAGACAUAUUUCUUGCGAACAUCCCAGUUUAUCACAAUAAUUUCCGCAAAAAAUGCAUGUAUGUUGCGGUGAUGUUAAGACGCAUGAUGGAGGCUAUCCUAAACAAAGAUACAAUGGAUGACAAGGACUAUGUGGGGAACAAACGUCUAGAGCUCUCUGGACAGCUAUUGUCCCUACUUUUUGAGGAUUUGUUUAAGACAAUGAAUGAUGAGGUUCGAAGGACUAUUGAUGCUGUCCUGGCAAAGCCAAGUCGAUCUAGCAGAUUGGAUAUUUCUCAAUAUAUAGUGAAGGAUAGCAUUUCCCAAGGACUGGAAAGAACUUUAUCCACUGGCAAUUGGGAUGUAAAACGGUUUAGGAUGCACCGGAAAGGCAUGACACAGGUCCUAAAUAGGCUAUCAUACAUAGUAUCACUGGGUUUUAUGACCAAGGUCCAACCACAAUUUGAGAAGUCAAGAAAAGUUAGCGGGCCUAGAGCUUUACAACCAAGUCAAUGGGGCAUGCUGUGUCCUUGUGAUACCCCGGAAGGUGAAGCUUGUGGACUGGUGAAAAAUCUAGCCUUGAUGACUCAUGUUACGACAGAUGAAGAUGAGCGUCCUAUUGUUUCUCUGUGCUAUGGGUUUGGAGUUGAAGACUUGGAACUUGUGUCUGGAGAAGAGCUUCACACGCCGAAUUCCUUUUUGGUUAUAUUAAAUGGACAUAUUCUUGGCAAGCACAUGAAGCCACAGUGGUUUGCUAGGGCCUUGAGAAAGCUACGAAGGGCUGGUAAAGUAGGGGAGUUUGUAAGCAUCUUUGUGAAUGAAAAGCAGCGUUGUGUGUACAUUGCUUCUGAUGGAGGCCGUGUAUGUCGUCCAGUUGUAAUUGCUGACAAGGGCGUGCCAAGGAUUAAAGAGCACCACAUGAAAGAGUUGAAGGAUGGUGUCCGCAAUUUCAACAGUUUCUUGAGGGACGGUUUGAUCGAGUAUCUUGAUGUGAAUGAGGAGAACAAUGCACUGAUUGCUCUGUAUGAUAAAGAAGCUACUCCAAGAACAACACAUAUUGAAAUAGAGCCUUUCACAAUCCUAGGCGUUAUUGCUGGUUUGAUACCUUAUCCUCAUCACAAUCAGUCACCAAGGAAUACCUAUCAGUGUGCUAUGGGCAAGCAAGCUAUGGGUAAUAUUGCCUAUAAUCAGUUGUAUCGGAUGGAUACAUUGAUAUACCUUUUGGUAUAUCCACAGAGGCCCUUAUUGACAACUAGAACAAUUGAGCUGGUUGGGUAUGAUAAACUAGGUGCUGGACAGAAUGCAACUGUUGCUGUGAUGAGCUUUAGUGGAUAUGAUAUAGAGGAUGCAAUCGUAAUGAACAAGUCAUCUCUUGAUCGUGGUUUUGGUCGCUGCAUUGUACUGAAGAGGGUCGCAGCUGUGUGCCAAAAGUACGAGAACGGUGCAUCAGAUAGGAUAGUUAGACCACAGCGAGAUGGAUAUGAUGCCGAUAGGACGCAGAUUCUGGAUGAUGAUGGAUUAGCUUCUCCAGGAGAAAUCAUUAGACCUCAUGAUGUCUACAUUAAUAAGGAGUCCCCAGUAGUCACAAGAGGGCCAAUUGUAUCACCAAUGGGACUGGCAGAUAGUGCAUACAAGCGAAGUAUACAAUCUUUCAAGUGUGCUGAAGGAGAAACGGGUGUGGUGGACAGAGUAGCUCUGUCCUCUGAUAAGAAUAACAAUUUGUGCAUUAAAUUUAUUAUUCGCCAUACUCGAAGGCCGGAGCUUGGUGACAAAUUUAGUAGCAGACAUGGGCAAAAAGGAGUCUGUGGCAACAUUGUCCAGCAAGAAGAUUUCCCAUUUUCUGAACGUGGCAUAUGCCCUGAUCUAAUUAUGAAUCCUCAUGGAUUUCCAAGCCGAAUGACUGUUGGAAAGAUGAUAGAACUUCUUGGAGGUAAAGCUGGAGUUUCUUGUGGUAGGUUCCAUUAUGGCAGUGCCUUUGGGGAAAGCAGUGGCCAUGCAGACCGAGUUGAAGUUAUAAGUGAAACCCUGGUCAAGCAUGGAUUUAGCUAUAAUGGAAAGGACUUCAUAUAUGCAGGUAUUGAUGGCACGCCACUACAGGCAUACAUCUUCAUGGGACCAAUUUAUUACCAGAAGCUAAAACACAUGGUCUUAGAUAAGAUGCAUGCUAGAGGCAGUGGCCCUCGUGUCAUGAUCACAAGACAACCUACUGAAGGAAGAAGUAGAAAUGGAGGUCUCCGUGUGGGAGAAAUGGAAAGAGAUUGCUUAAUUGCGUAUGGAGCCAGUAUGUUGAUAUAUGAGCGCUUGAUGGUUUCAAGUGAUCCUUUUGAGGUUCAGGUGUGUCGAAAGUGUGGUUUGUUGGGAUACUAUAACUACAAACUGAAGACUGGCAUUUGUUCAACAUGUAAGAAUGGGGAUAAUAUAUCUACCAUGAAGUUGCCAUAUGCAUGCAAGCUUCUUAUCCAGGAGCUUCAAUCAAUGAACAUUGUUCCUCGCUUGAGAUUGACCGAGGCUUGAUUUUACUGUAUUCUCUAUUUCGGCCACAAAUUAUCUCUCAUGGGCGGUCUCUGCAAGAGUGGAGUUUAUGCAUGUCCCAGAACUCAUUUUUCUACUACACAUUCACCAGUUACAAGCCGCCAAAUUUGGAAUGAAGUGAAUUAAUUUAACAUGAUGAUCUCAAAAGUAGCUAAUGGUUAAUUAGGGUCUUAGGAAUUCUGUGUCUGAAGAUGGUCACAGAUUUAGUGAUCAGCCGAAAGAAGUGAAGAAGAAUGUGAUAGGAGGAGGCUUAUAUGUAACCUUUGCUUUUUCUUACCAUAAAAAUGGUGUUACAGAACACAGAUUUUUGAAGUUAGUUGAGAAACUGUAGAUAGAUUUAUCCGCCUUUUGGUCCAAA